UUGUUGUCAGUUAGACGCACCUCGGGAAAAAAACAUUACAGUAACAGUCGAAUUAUUCCACUUAUAAGCAAGCAUACGAAAGUCAGAUAAUCAUUAAAUAAUUAUGACAGCCGUAGAACUUGAUCCAAUUUUUGUGAAAGCCCUGAAGCUCUUACAUUCUAGAGCAAAAGAUAGCGGAGCUCAAUUAAAAUCAAUGCUUGAUGAUGCUAUAGCUCAUAGAAAAGGAUUGAAGGUUCCAUCACAUAAUGAUUUUGGUAAAUCCAGUCCAGGCAGAUCAAAAAGUGAUGAUGACACAAAGAAAAAAGAAUCAGAAAAAAGAUCGUCUGAUAAAACAAGCAAAGAUGGAUCAGAACCUGAUGCUAAAAAAAUGAAAAUAGAAUCAAAAUCCAAAAGCAGAGAGGAGAAGGAAGCAAGGGAUAAAGAAAAGGAGAAAAUGAAAAGGGAAAGAGAGAGAAAAGAAAAAGAAGAGAGAGAUGCUCAGAAACAGAAAGAAAAACUGGAAAAGGAAAAACGAGAGAAAGAGCUGAGUAGUAAACAAGAUACUGAAGUCAACAUGGUGAGUGAUGAGGAGGAGCCUUCAACACAAGUGGAUGCUGGAGAUUUUGCUUUUGAGAUGGGUAUAGCAUGUGUGGUGUGUAGGCAGUUUGAUGUUAGCUCUGGAAAUCAACUAGUUGAAUGCCAGGAGUGUCACAGCUUGUAUCACCAGGAAUGCCAUAAGCCCCCUGUGACUGAGGAAGAUGUCAGUGAUCCAAGGUUUGUCUGGUAUUGUUCUCGAUGUACUAAAAGUCUGAAAAAAAUGGUAACCCAAAAACCAAUUAAACCCAAACUUUCUUCAUCGUCUAACAAUGGCAAGGAAUUACCUGGCUCAGCUAGUAAAUUGAAUAAAAAUGACAAUAGCUCUACAAACAGCCAGGCAUUUCGUAGAAUUGAUCCAAAGGCUAUUGUUGCACCAAAAGAAAGUAGUAACUUAUCUAAUCCAACAUCCAAGCCCAUGGUGGGGUUGGAAGGGCUUGCAGCAAAUCUAGCUAAGCCUCGAGGUGAGUCCAAAAGUGGGUCAUCCCGCAAAUCCGAGCAGAAAGAUGGGUCCAAGUCUUCCAGCAAAACAGAUGGAAAGUCCAGCAGUGGGAACAAGUCUGACAGCUCCUCCAAGUCUUCCUCCUCCAGUAAAGGAGAGGAGAAAAAAUCUGAGAGCAAAUCUUCAAAUAAAGAAGAUAAAAAAGGUGAAGAGAGCAAAUCCUCUAAUAAAGAAGAUAGAAAAAAUGAUGAAAACAAAUCUUCUAAUAAAGAAGAUAGAAAAAAUGAUGAUAGCAAAUCUUCUAAUAAAGAAGAUAGAAAAAAUGAUGAUAGCAAAUCUUCUAAUAAAGAGGAUAGAAAAGGCGACGAGAGUAAAUCUUCUAAUAAAGAAGAUAGAAAAGGUGAGGUCAAGUCCAGCAAGAAAAGCGAGGAGAAAAAAUAUGUGGAACUCAAACCAGUGCCAACAGCAUCAUCUACGGCUUCAUCAACCGUGAAGGAAGAAAAAAAAUCAGACUCUAAGGGUGACCAGAAGUCUGAACUCGGCAAAUCACCAUCACACAGUGGUCUGGCCAAGCUGGACGUUUCCCUGGCCAAAACUUCUCCGCCACAUUCAGGCAACCCUGCGAUGCCAGUGACCCCAGACUCCCCCUCGUCGUCUAAGAGUAGCAGCAAUGCCAGCAACAAACAGGCUAUCGCCAACCUGUCUAUGGUCACUGCUAACAAGAGGAUUCAGAUGAUGAAGAAAAAAGCUCAAACCAAACCAGAAAAAAAGAUACACAUUAAGUAAACUUCACUGGACAUUAGUGUUGGCUACUUAAUAGAAUUAAGAUCAUUCAAAUAAUAAAGAUACUGCUGUCUUCCCAUUAGAAAUGGUCAAGAAAAUGGAACUGUUUUGAUAAAUGUAAGAAAUCAAACUUUAAAUUAUUCUUUGAUUAAUGCUAAAUACUUUUGAAUUUGAUGUUGUUACUAUGUUUUUUAAUGGAUUUAAUAACAUACCAUUUAAUGAAUUGAAAACUGUUGCUUGUGUAUGUACAUUAUAUUUUUACAACAGUGAUUGUAAAUAGCUUUAAAAAGUGUUUAAAAAA